AAUUAACUGAAAGCACAAUUAUUUAAAACAAUAUGGAAAUUGUGAAUCCCUGUUUUUCGGUGUUGUCCAAUUACGAAGUGAUGGAGUCUCUGAAAACACUUAAGGACACUAAGAAAAAAUAUGGACUACGAAACCUGGCAACAAUAACAUACGAAACUUUGCAAUACUUGGAAGACUCGCCGUGUAAACAAGAAUCGCGUGAAAGUAUUCAUGCAUUUUUAACAGAAGUAAAAAACUUAAGCUGUAAGUUAACAACAACAGAAUGUUUAAUGAUGGUCAACGAUCCCCCAACGAGUGCUCUACAUAUUCAACUGCUUAUUGAGGACAGUGAGGAACGCUUAUCCGAAGAGCAAGUGAACGAAAUUCUGCAAAUUGUUGCUAAACAUUUUCCUAACACUCCAACCGAAAAUACUUAAUAUAAAAAUAAAGCCAAUUGUUUUAUACAAAGUUGA